GAAUUCUAGAACUUGUGAGAGUCUUUCCUGAAUGUUGCAACCUGGUAGUGAUGUACUUAUUUAUUUGUUUGACUUGCUUGUUUGCAGCAAGAUGGUGGACCGUGCAUGGAACUUCUACAAAGGACUUGAAGAAGAUGGCUAUUAGAAUCUUGAGCUUAACUUGCAGUUCUUCGGCAUGUGAAAGAAAUUGGUCUGCAUUUGAGAGGGUACAUUCAAAGAAGAGGACCAGACUAGGUCAGAAGAAGUUGAAUGAUCUUGUUUAUGUGAUGUUCAAUAAGAGGCUGGACUCCAAGUACUCUGAGAGGGAAAGGGACCCACUGCUUGCAAAAUACAUUGAAGAUGAGCCACCAAAUGAGUGGAUGUUGGAUGAAGAGCUACUACAAGAUGAUGAGUCAUCUGAAGAUGAAGCUGAAAUUGACAUCAAUUCAAAUGGGAAACAAAAAUCUGUAGCUUCAAGAACUAGAGGCAAAAGAGCUCGUACAAAUCAAGAUGUUGAAGAUGAGGAGGAAGUGGCAGAAGAAGAGGAAAUGGAAGAAGAGGAUGAGAACCAAGAAGCUGAGGAGGACAAUGAUGAAGACCAAGAAGUGGACAUCGAUCUGACUGUUGAAGAUGAAGAGGAUGGUGAAUGACUUGAAUCUUGCUUCUUACAUGAUCUGACUUGAAUCUGUUUUUAUUUUGUGUGAUGGU